UGUACAGAUAUUGAUUUUAGCUUCUGUUUUGUUUGAAUUGCUUAUUUACAGACCACUUUCGAACAUCCGAAAAGCAACGAAUGAGCCUUUUUCUGAGCGCUUUCUACUGACAUGAGUGAUAUGGAACUGUCAGGUAUCACAAUUUAAGACGCAUUUUUGGAGCAUGAAGGAGGAAAAGAAGGGGACCUAUACUUGACAUGUAGGGGAUUCCCUAAUGUCUUUUUCUCCUUACUUUUCUUUUCGGAUUCUUAUACUUUAAUUGUCAUUCGGCCAUUUGGAAACCAUGAACCGAGAACAACGAAAGCGAAUCACUCAAAACAUCACGAAUCUGAAGGAACGUCUCGUGGACUUGGACCCUAUCAUUGACAGACUCAUAGAAAAGGAUGUCUUUUCUCUGGAACAUCGGGAAAAGAUCGAGCACGUUAGCCCAGCGACCCCGCAGAAAAAGUUCAAUGAAUUCAUCCAGCUUCUGUUGGCGUCGCCUGAACCCAAUACAUACUUCGUGUUCCUGGAAGCUCUGACUGAGGAGAGGCAUCACUAUAUGGCGGAGCGGUUACAGAACACUGUCAUUAGUGGGACCUCUCCUGUCCGCCAUUCCUCCUCUUACAGCAGGGAGCGCGCCAGAUCCCGGGGAACGUCUGCUAUGAGCAACAGAUCUUACGACCACUCCGGAGCUUCCGGUCCGGUGGGGGUCAGCUAUGGCGGGCCCCCCGCGAUGGAGAUAACAAUGUCUCGACUCCUGACGGAAUUCAGCGGGAAACUGAGCUCUAACAUUUCCAGCUCUCUUCAGAAAAUGAGAGCGGAGGACAAACAGGAAAUGGAAAAACGGAUGGACGAUAAACUGGCGUCGUUCAAGAAAGAAUGGAACGAGGAGAAAUCGAGUCUUCUGAGGAUGAACGAGUCGGCCAUCACAAACUUACAGGCGAGUGUGGAGAAGCUGAGGCGUUCCAACGAGGAGUAUAAUAGACUGUCGGAGAAAUACGACAAACUGAAAGAAAUGCAGAAGGAAAUGCGCGAACGAGAGAAUGAGAGAUGGCAGAGACUGUCGCAGGCCAACGCGGAGAGGGCGCAACUGAAAAUUGCUAACGACGAUCUGAAAACUCAGAUUCAGAAACUGCAAGAGAAGGUGGCCACGUUGGAGUGCGAGAACAGUCGUCUGAAGGAGAAAGAUUGUCAGAGUCAAAUAGAUCUGGAGCAUCUUGCCAUAGAAAAUAAAACCCUGAUGCAGGAGUUAGAGGAGAAAGACAAAGAGAGACUGGCGCUAAAGAAGGAGGUGGAAAUGGCGUACAGUCGGAUAAGUGACGUAGUCAAGUUCCAGAGGGAGAAGUCGGAGUUGGAUGACGUCACGUAUAAGAGCGCGCUGGAGAAACAGUCCGAGAAGUUGAACGAGAUCUUUGAGGUCGUGAACAAUCUGAACUCCAAAGAGAGGCCUCGUCUCGCCUCACGUAAUCUGUACAUCGGGGGGAGUGGCAUCGUGCCAAAAACUCCGAACAAACAAGGGGAAAAGAAAUGAUACUAUAAUUUAAAGAUAAACUUUUCAAUGACAUUUAUUAAAUGUACAUUUGUAUAUAUGAACUUCGAGACGGUAACGAUAUUUUUAACUAGUUUAUAAAGUAAAGAAAACUACUUUGCAAAUACAAACUGAAUGCUAAAUUCAUUUGCAUGCACCCGUCAAGCCUCAACACUCUACGUCAGAUGUACAUGUACAUGCAACAUGGAAGAGAAUACAUAGGAAAGCAUUCGCCCCGUUUUAUUGUCGCCCCUUUCGCCCUUGUUGUAAGCAGGCGAAUAUAAGACUGGACGAUUUCCUAUGUCUCAAAUUAUCUUUUUUUAUUCACAACUUUGUAAAUUCAAGACUGGGUGAAAAAGUGAAAAAGGGCGAAAAUAACCCUGUAUACAUAAGUAAAAUGCAUGUACCUUUUAUACCGAUAUAUCACUUAAAGUUUACCUUUAUCAGAGGUUGCAUUUGAAUAUAAAAUGGGUAGAUAACAAAGAUAUAUUAAUGUAAAACAGGUCUUCACAUGAGCGAUUCAGGCUUUUCCCCUUACAAAGAUAUUUUUUCACCAACUAACUUAUCAAAAUAGGCAUUUAUUGAUAUCAAUGGAGUGCAUGUACUAAUAGUAUUCCUCUAUAAGAGAGAAAAGUGCACGUAGUUGUAACAAUACAACACUUGUGAUAAAUGUAACUGUUGAAAAACCAGAAAUGGAAACUAUUUUUUAUCAGUAUAGUUACCUUGUAAUCACAUUAGGUAUUUAUACAAUAAUAUAUAUUCUGAUUUAUUCCGAUUCAUCCCAUAUCAUGGAAACAUCACCCGAAUUACAUUGAUUACAUUUAUUUUGAGGUGGCGGAACAAAAGGAGAUAAUUUGUUGUAAUUGUUCCUCCUUAAGGUGGAAUAACACAUCUGAAAAAAGUGACUCAAAUUAACAGUAAAUGAUUUAAUUAUGAAAGAUAUAAUGAUAAAUAAACUGUACAUAUGUCAAAUAAAUGAAACAUUUGCAGUUUGGGGAUAAAAAUUGAAUAUCUAAAAAAAAUCAAUUCAGUAAGUAACAACAAAAGCCCCUGCCGGGAUCGAACAUGGGAUAAACGGAAUACAAGCCCGAGACUUUAUCCACCCGGCUAUGGAAUAAUUCACAUGUUGUUGUCGAUAAAAUCCAUUCAAUAAAAUGAAUAUUAUACUUUCAUGUUAAAUACUGAAAUCUGAUUGGUUUAGACGCAGUUGAUAAUCCGUUAUAUUACCCUCAGCGUUAGCAACACACUUGGCAACGGGUAACACAACAAAACUGUUACAUGCGCGUUAAUUAUGCGCGUACAGUUCGCUGUAGAAUUCACAUCAUUUCUAUAAAAAAGGAGUAAAAUUUUCUUUAAAAAUAAGACAUUCAGUAUAAUAAAAUAAAUAGUGUCUGUUUGGGAGGGUAACUGUUGAAAUUGACAACCCGAGAAAACCAUUGUCAACCGACGCGAAGCGGAGGUUGACAAUGGUUUUCUCGGGGUGUUAAUUUCUACAGUUACCCUCACAAACAGGCACUAUUUAUAUAAUGUCUUUCGAUCAGAGGUCAGCCAUUUUAUAAUGAUGUGUUAUUCAACCUUAAUCAGAAAAUUUAUGUAUCUUGCUUACCUAAAAUCUUCUAAUAAUUUUUCAUAUGUUAACCACUCGCAGCAUUGAAAUUGGUACUUUAUUCAUUAUUUUUAAAAUACACCAUGGCGAAAAUAUAUAUGUAGCACGCACCUACUCUUAAAUUGAUAUGCAAAAGGUUCUAAAUCAACACUACAUGUAUAUAUUAAACAUUUUUAGUAUGUAAGAAUAUAUAUAGCUUUGCACCAGUAUGCUUGCAAAAUCGGCUAGAUAUAUGUAUAUGUACAUGUACAAAAUAACGGAUUUUCGAGAAGAAAAAAAAUAGUUAAAUACUAGCAUGUCCGAUUUUGUUGAUAAUUUUAUGCGUCAGACUGG